AGCUCUGCUUGAGCAGCAUGGAAGCGAGUGUAAUACAAGAAAUAAAUAUCAUAAUCAUAAGAGAAGAAAGAAAGUAGCGUCGAAAGUCUUGAAACCUAUCUCCUCAAUAAUUAAGUAAGAGGAGCUUAUAGGUGGUGGCCUAAGCGCGUUGAAGCUAUUGGCCUAUAUGCUUAACACAUCCAAUUCUAACGAAGUUUUCUUGGAAACGAUUUGAGAUUCCGUAAGUAACUUAGUGACUUUAGGAAAAAGAAAAUGAAAUACGAACAACCGCGCUGGUCGUACCGAAAUUUUUGACAAGACAAAGGAAUACCAUGGCUAUCGUUCGUUAUUUACUUACCUUAAUUAGUUUCUUUGCAGCAAGUUUUUUCGGACGUUUUCUAGGAUCAGAAGGAAGAGCUAUAAUGACGACUGGUAUAAAUCUGGUAGUUCUCGGAAUCUUGUUAUUUGGCUUCAUCUUUCUCUUUAAUUUUUAUCGUUGUCCAUUGUCAAAAAAGUACGGCCUUCCACUUGUCUAUGUUAUCCAGCUUUCUAUUCUUUUUUUCGUUUCUUUCUUUUUUUACGGUGUUCGAAUCUAUUCCAUUUCUCGCGUAGGCAUUUAUUUGAGUGAUCUUUGUUCUGUUGCUGUCGUCGGGUUUCUUUUACAUUUCUCAGGAGAAGAGAUCAUUACUAAUUCGGACUCUUCGGGCUCAGCAAACUCGGGGUCGCUUCUUAGAAUAAUUCAAGCUCCAAGUCCCGGUACACAGGCAGAAGUAUUCGAAAUACCCCCCACUCCGGACCCCGAGCCGGCGGUUCUACCACAAGCUGCGGAGCCCGAUAAUUCCUUUCCGGCGAUUACAUCCGAUGACUAUGAAAUUUUACGACAAGUCAUGCUGGGGGAGAACCCUGGUAGCCCUUCUAUCAAUUCUUCUCCCCCAAGGAUGGCAAUCAAUGAAGCUCAGGCUGGUCCUUCAAACACUUCUUGGUCCAAUUCAAAUAGAAAGCCUUUUUUUACUACUCCCGAUAUAAGUUUAGAAAACUCCCUUUUUAAUAGAAUUCGGAUCCUCGAAAGUGAGAAUUGCCUCUUUCUUAAUCAGGAUCCAUGCGAGAAAGGGAGUUAUUUUUCGGAAGUCAAAAUAAAACUUAAUCAAGCUUUAUUUCAACGGGAAUAUAACACACAGCUCCACUUUGAAAAUGAAUAUCUGAAUGUUGUGGAGCGGAAACACUCAUGUCUCGCUGCCUUCCGCCAAGUGCUUUCUGCCCAUCCUGCCUUGGCCGAAAAUGCUGGUUACAAACCAGAGGAAGCCUUUCAAGAUUUCGUGGUCGACAGGCUAGAACAGCUAGAGGGGCUAGAGGGCGGAUGGUACAAGAAGGAGAUGCAAUACCUAAUGGAUAUGGAGAAAGAUAUCAAUAAAUAUGGCCUCGCCUCUACUUAUAUAAUAUAAAAUAAAUCCUAUCCUAUUAUAGCUAGGUGGUGGUAUAUUUCUUUUUAUUCUUAUUUUUGGUGCGCUCAUUUCGAAUUGUUGUUCUUUUUGACCGAAGAAAACUUUAGGAGUCUGAGCUCGGUUGUUCGGAGACGAAAAGAGAUGAGAUGG